AGCGACCAGAGAACGCGCGCCUUGCUCUUUGUAACGACGAGAGGGAUUAUGUAUUGAAAAUCAAAUAAGAUAUCAGUAGCUUUACAAAAUCCAUACGCGAUAGAUGAUAUACGCUGCUGCUGAGACGUGUCAAAAUAAAUAUGCGCUAUUAGAGGUUUCGCGCGACGAGGAGUACGGCGAUUUUUUUGUUGUUUUUGUUGUUGUUGCUGUUGGUUUGCACAACUGUUGCGGGUGAAAGAGGUUGUUUGCUGCUCUGGGCGAGUGCGGGUCUCGAGCCGUCGUCCGUUGUUGUUGGGCCAUAUUCGUUGCGAAUGACUGACUACUUGCCGUCGCAUUUCGGUGUCGCGCAGCAGCAAUUUGCGUUUGCCGUCGUUCUCGUGUGCACAGUGCCGCGCGGUGGAUUGGAAGAGUUCGCGCGCGCUUUCCGGACUAACCGUGGCGGAUGGAUUGUAACGGGUUGCUAAAGUGGCGGUGAUAAAAGAUCUGCGAAGAUUAGUGCGAAAUGAUUUGCUGAUAAUUGUGCAAAAAGUUUCAAGCAACCAAGGAAGAAUUGCGCAAUUAGUGAUGUGAAAAUAUACGUCCCGGUGGAUUAAAAUACUCCUCACAACGGGCAAACAGAAGAAAAUUAAAUCAGCGAAAUUAAAGUGUUACUCAAGCUGAUACAGAGGGUCAACGGUAGUGAACGGAAAUAUGCCUAUAGUGUUAUACCUCAAGUGUACGUUCGGAAGUGAUAGAUAAGAGAGGUGUUGGCUAAAAAUACGUUACACACCCGAAGUGAAAACAUCCACCGCCACCAUUGGUUCAAAAUUGCACCCAACACGAACAAUCUGGCGGUGGUUAGACAACCAUCCAUGGCCGUUGGGCCGCCGACGGGAGGAUCAGGAAAUCCUCCGCAAGUACCAGUCCAGCCGCACCCGAUUCUAGCACCUAGUCCGCUGUUUGCCUUACCGACAUUGAACUUUACGGCGUCGCAGGUUGCGACCGUUUGCGAAACGCUGGAGGAAUCCGGGGAUAUCGAACGGCUGGCGCGGUUUCUAUGGAGCCUACCGGUGGCGCACCCGAACAUCUCGGAACUGGACCGUUCCGAGGCGGUGCUGCGGGCCCGGGCCAUAGUUGCAUAUCACACGGGACACUUUAGAGAACUGUACACGAUACUGGAGCGGCACAAAUUCACCAAAUCGUCCCAUGGAAAACUACAGGCCAUGUGGCUCGAAGCCCACUACCAUGAAGCAGAAAAACUACGCGGACGACCAUUAGGACCAGUCGAUAAGUACCGUGUCCGGAAAAAAUUUCCGCUCCCGCGAACCAUCUGGGACGGCGAGCAGAAGACCCACUGCUUCAAAGAGCGAACGCGAAGUCUGCUAAGAGAGUGGUACCUCCAGGAUCCGUAUCCGAACCCGACCAAGAAGCGGGAACUGGCGCAGGCCACCGGUCUCACCCCGACCCAGGUGGGAAAUUGGUUUAAAAAUAGACGCCAGCGGGACCGAGCUGCGGCGGCCAAAAAUAGACACAAUCAACCUCCGCUGUCCGGUUCCGGAGCCACUUCGCUAACGCCCCGGCGAGGUGACGCACCGCUGUCCCCCACGGACACCGAUUCCGAUUCGGACAUCUCGCUCGGAACGCAUUCGCCCGUUCCCAGCAUGUCCCUGCAGCACAGUCCCAGUUCGCUGCCAGGUUCCAGCGAGGAUCGCCUGAACGACGACCGGGAUCGGGAGAAGGACUUCCGUAGCUUUGCGUCGCUUCAUUCGUUCCGCUUCGGGGACCAUCUGGCGGGCGGAUUCCUACCUGGCUCGUUCAAUAACAGAUUCAUGCCUUACCGCCUCGGGGACAACUCACCUCCAAUCAAUACUCACUCACCACCGAUAGGCUUGACGCAUCUUCCAAUCACCCCGACAGUCCUUCGACCGCAGCCGCACUUACCUCCAUCGCUAUCCGUGACGGCACCGACGGCAACCACCACAUCGAUGAGUGAGUCUCCGAACAGCAACAGUAGUGCGACCACCAGUUCCAUCAAUAACGGCGGUGGGCUGGCGAUAGGUGGCAGUAGUGGCGGUACACCGCUGAUGUCCCAGAUGUCGCCUCUCAGAAUACGGGUCAGUUCACCGACGCGGCUCAACGCGGACCUGCUGCAGCACAGUUCGCACCACCAUAGUCUCAUGAACGGAUUGAACGCCAGCGGGAUCGUGCGGAUUGUUCCUAACACAACGACCAAUCUCCUCCAUCGGCCAUUUUCGCCAUCGCCCAAACCGAAGGAAGCGUCGUGAUAAAAUCCACCGCCGUCGCCGGAUGAAAAAGGGCAGCCGCCAUUCGGCUGGCUACCGCAGAGUAGUUGAUUAAUGUAGCGAAAAAUGUACAAGGAGAGACUACUAGAGUGUAGAGAGCACAAGUUGAAACUAAAGCAUAUAAAUCUCCUUAAACUUGUUACUAAAGCCAUACAAAACAGUGAAGCAAAUCGAAUACUUUUAAGUAAGACAUUUUAAUACGGAACGCACUGCUUUGGUAAAUUAGAUUUACUUUUAAACUUUGGGGCAAAAUCACGUCAUAUUUAUUUGGCGUCCUGGAAUGCUGCGUGCUGCUGCCACAUAACGUGUGUAUGUGUCGUAGCGCCCCCAUCAUCCGGCGCCUCUUUUUCUCCUAUAUACCACCUAUCUAGAAGCCGGAACCACCCCACACCCACCAGCCGACGGCAAGUAUACGAGUCGAGUCCGUACGGGUGUGUGCGCACUGUGUUGGGCGGAUCAAUAUCACCGACCCGACGACCGACGGUAUGAAUACCAUCAUAAAAAUAGCAUCACAUCCAUCGGGCGUGCACAUGCGCGGAAGAGCGUUGGUUGGUUGGGGAAAGUCGAUGGCUGGCAGCACUGCUCGACCAGCUCUGAUGGGUGACGGAUGUGGUGCAACAUUUUUCCAGAAUCGUGCGACACAGCACACACGCGCGACUUGUCCAAUGAAAUGAUCACGGUGUUCUUGCGAUGCUUUACUAUCAAUUCGGGUUUUUCAAGGGAAAUUGAUUGGUGUAAUAUCAGUUUAUGUCAUUAUUAUGUUAUGGUUCCCGCCAGCUGAAAUGUCAGAGGAGGGCAUCAUGACGCUCAUUUGCGAUUUUGUAAUAUUUAAUCAUUUCCUGUAAAUAAGUUCGAUAUUAUUUUCUUUGUUUUCAUUUUCAACUAUGGGUUUGGUCACGCACUUUAGAAUUGGCCAUUUUUUCUCAUAUUGCUAUUGAUUCUUUCCAGUUAUCUUCCCUGAGGUGCCGUCAAGAGAUUCUUUACAACUUAAGCCUGUUUUUUUCUAAUUAUUCCGAAACAUGACAUUUCCUUCAAGGUUGAUGACAUUUUCUUCUGAAGAUUAAUUAUAAUUGUCACCUAAAUAAAGGUUUUCCUGGAAUUACUAUUUAACGUGCUUGGCACUAUUCAGCAAAAUUGCUGCAAACUUUCAUCUUUUUUCCCUUCUAGCCAUAGGGGGAAAAUCUGCUGAACAGACACCCGAACAGGAAGGUACGGGUAGUGUACAAUUAAGGCCGUCGGCUACAUCAAAAGUAGAAGCCAGGACCAUCUCUCCUUGACCCACUAAACACUUCAGUUUUGUGGUGAUCCAACUCCAGUUUCCUGGACCUUAUCCAAGCCUCCACAACCUAUAUCGAGCGGGUAGUAGUCAGCUCCACUUCUUCACCCCCACCGGAGACUCUAAUCGCAACACCUCGUCAUACAUAACAUCGGACCCGAACCUUUCGGUUCUUCUGAGGUUAUGUGAAAGCACUUCUGACACACCUCUGUGUCGUAAACUAGUACUCCAUUCUGGAUGUACCUUCCGAGAAUACUGUACAGGUACCCAGGUAUCCCCAGUCGCAGCAGCGCAUCGGCAAUAGCCGGCCAACUGGCGCUAUUAAACGCGUUCCUUACCUACAUCCUGCGUCACUACUGCACAGUAGCGAAUUCCCCUUCUCUUAGGCUCGAGUGCUUUCCCGACGGUUUUGUAAUCUACAGGAUAGCAUCUUCGGUUGAACUUUCCUUCCGGAAGCCAUACUGCCUACUAGAGAGACCAUUUACACUCUCGGUGUGCAUCAACCUUCUAAUGAGGAUGUUCUUUUCGAGCACCUUCCCUGCCGUGUCGAUCAAGCAUAUUGGUCUAUAUGCCGAAGGGUCUCCGUGUGGUUUCACCGCCUUUGGCAAUAGAAUCAGGCUCUGCCUCUUCCAUACAUCUGGGAAGACUACCUCGUCCAGGCAUAGCAGAGCUGAAUAUCUCGGGAGCCUCUGCAAUAGCUACUUUUAAGGCCAGGUUUGGAACUUCGUCCAGACCUGGGGCCUUACCUACGCUAAAGGACUUUGCUAUCCCCACAAGUUCCACAUCGGUGAACAUCUUCUCAUCGCCUGCCCCAGUCCCCGGCUAUCCUACGAAAGGAGGCCAAAAAUCCUACGAAAGACGCGGAAAAAGCCCCUCGAUGAUCCCCUCUAACAUCUCUGGAGAUUGCUCAGUAGGAGCCAUUACACCUCUCGUCGUGGCCAUCACGAUCCCGGUCUUCAGCGCAGCUUUUGCGGCGGUGAACACCACCCGCGUUCGUUCCGCUCUUCCUCAGGUCGUGCUCGCUGCAUUUGCUGCCUAGCUCGUAGGCAUGCGCGUCGCAGAACCGCAAUCACCUGAGUUUACCAGUAAGCCGGAGGCCAUCCAUUUCUUGGCUGAACUCGCUUAGGCAUGGUCGCAUCACACGCACGCGAGAGCACCGCUACCAGCUCGUCGCCGUCUAAACCAAGAAGGUUUCGGCUCCCUUUAUCGUUUGUGGGUAUUACACGAUACAUCAGACAAGUAGGUUUCGCUCACGACGGGAGGCCUAAAUACCCCUUUAUCGAAGUAUGAUGUUUUCCACCUGUGAGGGCUUGACCUUGGCUAGCCGCCUCUUCCUCUACCCGCUGCUUGCUGUUGUUAUAGUCGAUACUAUAGCGAACCACCAUUUGAUCGCUGUAUACUUUCCAGGACUAGAAUAAGUAACGCCAAUUAUCGACUCCGCACCGUUCCGACUAAAAGUAAUCUUGGUAUCGACAUUAGCCACGUCGACAUUUAGUACGGCCAGUGUCUGCAGGAUCUGACUCCGCUGGUUCGUGAAACGGCUUCCUCAUUCUACGGCCCAGACAUUAAAGUCACCCGACAUUACCACCGGCCUUCGCCCUGUUAGCACAAACGUCAUACAUUUGCGUGAACUGCUCGAUCGGCCACCGCGGAAGCGCAUAACAGCUACAGAAGAAGACUCCGUUUACUUUAGUGACCUAUGACGAAGCCCUCAUAGGUAGAAGACACCAACUCCUGGACGGGGUAUUUAUUUACCCGUCGUCCAUAUCGCCGCCAUUUUUCUGGACCCAUCCGUCGUUGCCGGUGGGUACUCGGUAUGGGUCCGCUAUGAUGCCGAUAUCCGUCCCCCACUUAGAAACCCCCCGUCCCCCACUCAGAAACAGGUUCAGCUGUGUUACCUGCAGAGAUGGCAUAGAUACAGUGAUAAACAGCUCUGCGUACACAUUUUCAAUAAAAUGUGCGCCGCUCUGUUUUGCUACGAAUGUGGACCGGCAACAAACACACAUCGCUCAGCCGUAAAAGUUUGCGUGAAAGUGCGAAUGUGUAAGUUGCCACACCAGCUACGUGAGACGUCGCAGAGCUCAAACUUUUUCUGCGUGAGCUUCGCUCAUUUCUAGGAAUGUGCUACACAUCUGUGCUGUCUGAGCUGAAAGUUGUAGGCUCUCGGCAGUACAGAGUAGCGCAGCGCUGCGAUGUGAGCUGUGUGUUGGGCUGUACUUUGUCUUGCUUUCCUGCGCUCACCGUCGUGAGCGAUGCGACAACGAUGUCGAGCGCGUGCAGUCGGACCUCGCAGAAGAUAAUUCUUUACACGCACUCUUUCUCAUCUUGUAGGCUGUGUGUAAUGUGUAUUUUUUUUAUCUUCUGACUUAGCGCUCUGAGGUGCAUGCCAUCUCUGAUUACCUGCACUGUGAUUUGUGCACUGCGGCUUUAUUGAAGGCCGGCACCUUGGAUUACCCGUAAGAUGCCUAUUGUUCACAGAUUUCCCGGUACAUAUGAAUAGGUGGACUCGUGCAGCCUUGUGCUUUAUGACCUUCAGCGCCGUAUCUCCCACACCGAUUGCUCCUGUCGGGGCCUUUACAGUCCCGUGACUUUUGUCCUGGUUCCAGACACCUGAAACAAACCUCUGGUGGCUCGUAAAAUAUCUGAUACAUUCACACUAAUCUACCUUAAUCCUCCAUACUUUAACGGACUUGUUCAUGUCCGCCACAGGUGGCUGAACCAAAGCUACCUGUAUCCCUGCCGGCUCCUUCCGUAGCCUAACGGCUGCGGUGGCCAGCUGCACGUCGCACUGUUGUCGCAGUACGAGCUCUUCCACUUCGGUGACCUCGUCUAGGUUUUCCACCUUCAGAAUCGCCUCUUGAGUAAGAGUCCUCACUUCCUCCCAUCUCGAUAAGGACGCCUUCCGCCAAGCUUUUGUAGGCGAAGCCCUUGCGUUCCUUAUCGCGCUUCAGUUCCAGGAUCAUCUUGCCCGUACGAUUACAGUCGUGUGUACCCACUUUACGCCCACUGCAUCUUCUCACCUGUCUUGCAUCUGAUCCAGUUAAUUUUUUGGCUGCAGUCUAUAUUAUAGGCUAGUCACAUACUGAAAAUGAUCUAAAUUGGUUGAAAGACAACGUGGGGAUUACGGUGAGCAGCGUCUUAUAGGAGACCUGGCUGUACGUCUGAUAUUGUGUACGUCGGCUCUUCAGAACAAUGUUGUCCGGAGUAACAUCGCUACCGCAUAUUUCUUUCUUACUCGACUUUUGAUCCACGAAACAUUGACUGGGCAUUUGCUCCUUCCAGCGUCUGUCGAUCGUGCCCGUGGUGACAGUCGUUAUCCUCCAUUUGGCACAAAUGUCCCAAAUGGAGGAUACUGUGUCUCUGGAGCCGGCCUUUUGAUUCUGACUCAGCUAUCCAGACGUGUCAUUUACGAUAUUUUGUAGUUUUUUACCGUCUUCAGUAAGAAAUAAGAGCGUUUCACUUCUUUCCCGAGAACUGGAUAGCGCUGACAGGCUGUGGCUUUGGCUCCUCGUGUUUUCGCUCGUUCAGUCAUAGUUUUAGCCUUCGUUACUCCAAUCUUCCUUAAGUAAGUUUAACUGUUUCAUUUACUGUGGUACGCGAAAUAUUGUUGCUACCUUUGCUAUUGACCCAACAUUUUUCAACCGAUGGUUCAAAAUGUGUAAUAAACUGGCAUCCAGAGAAAAUUUUCAGAAAGUGCUUAGAAGACGAAUUUGUUUAAGCAUAAAGUAAUGAGACAGAUUUGCUUUGAACUCUUCCGUCUUGAAAAGUUGCCGCAUCUGAAUUUCUAAGAACAAACAGUGGAAGUACUCAAAGGAAUCUCUUUAUUGUUUCAAAUUGUUUAUUAUUUUAGCUACGAAACGUUCAUUGAUUGGUAUUUAUUAACAGAAAAUUUCAUUUGAUAGUAAAACAUCGCAAAAACACCAUGAUGAAACGCAAUCAUCAACUCCUGAUAGGAAACCUCCUCACAUACUUGUAAAGCACAAUUUGUUCGUACGUAUAUAGUCAUUAGCGCAAAGAGCGAGCUCGGACUUUUAUCAAGUCGUAAAAAAUCAAUAAAAGCAAACGUGCAUGAGAACGUAAGUUAAGCAUAGAGGAAAAUAUUGAAAUAAAUUCUAAUAUAAAGAACGUUGUGUAAAAAAAAAAACAGAUCAAAGCAAAUAUUAAGUAAAAGUAAUUAUCGUAUUAAAGAGGUGCUGAGCAAGCGGCAAAUGAGAGUGCACAUAACUUGCAGGCAAAUACAAAGAGCAACCUAAAACAAUAUGAAAGUAUAUUUAACAACACAGUAAAACGCAAACACUCACACAUACAAACACACUAACGUAGAGAGGUAGCAAAAGGAAAAAUAAUUGAUCUAAAGUAGUGCUAAUUACUCCCAAGCAGGCAGGCAAGCAACCGAGCACCGGUCAAAUCUGACGACGUCAAACACCUCGUCAUGGAGCGAAAGAAGAGAGACGUGUUUUAAAUCGUUUCACUUUUUUAAGAUUAUUUAGUUACACCCUUAGAGAGCGCAGGAGUCACUUAAAACAAAAGAUGAUCGACUCUUCUUUCGUGCGCCGCCGUCGUCGUCGCUACCGCACCACCUUCGGCUUAAUGCAAUUUGCAGCCCCUUUUUCGAACCAUCCAUCAAAACAGGGAGUUUAAAUUUAUUUUAUGCGAAUGAGAAACCUACAUUACAACUCUAGCUACCAACCAGGCAAAAACCCGACAAAAAUUGAACCCAUUUACGCCCGAAGACCGGAGCGAAAUAAAAUCAUUUCAGACCUCAUGCGCUACCAGUAGGUAAUGUGGCAUGCCAGCAGUGAAUAGGCAGAAAACUAAAAUAGAAGAACAAAAAACUGGCGCAAAAGCACAUGUCGACUAAGUAGUCCAUUGCACCAGGCACUCACGGAGAAAUCCAUCACUAUCAAAAAGGCACAGAGAGCAAAAAAAAAUGUAGGGCCUACUCACUGUACAAAGAUAAAAGGGCAACCGAGUUAUUCUUUUUUUUAUUUCAAUUUCGUUCGAGCGCCUGCCCUCUGAUAGAUUGUUGUGUGGAGUAGCUAAAGCGAUAACACAUCACAUGAAGUGUAAGUACUGGGAACUACACUAUUCGCAAUCAUCAUGUACCGAAGCGAAAGCAUACGGCACAAAACGAAUAGGUAUGUAGUACAGCUCAGUGCAGUGUAUGGAAGGGAAAUCGAACAAAUCUAUCUCUACUUUGUAAAUAAAUUGCUGCAAUCAAAUUAUAUUAAUUAUGACGAUAAUAAAUUAAAUAAUUAAAUUGAAUGACCCACUGU